AUGACUAAUACAUCUAAUGCCACAGUUGUAAGUGCUUUGGAUAAAUGGAAAACCAUACUUACAUCGGAUUUCCUUCAGCUAGUUCCUAACCACUGGCUACAGUUUGACCCUCCAAGUGACUUGUCCCACUAUAUUUUAGGCACCGUAUACUUUGUAGUUAUGGUGACUGGCAUCCUAGGAAAUGGAACUAUCGUCUGGCUUUUCUGCACAGUCAAGGCCUUGCGGACUCCAUCGGUAUUCUUAGUUUUCAACCUCGCUGUGAGCGACCUUGCCAUAUGCUUAAUGAUUCCAAGUUUCGUUUACAACAGUUUUUCUCUUGGUCCUGCCACUGGAAUAGUGGGCUGCAAAAUGUACGGCUUUAUUGGAGGAUUGUCUGGGACAUCUGCAAUCAUGACCAUCACUGCUAUGUCAAUGGAACGCUACUAUUCCAUUUCGAAACCUCUAGGUGUGAGUGGUCAAGCAAACUGGACUUUAAUCGUUUGCACUAUCGCAUUUAUCUGGAUUUAUUCAUCCGUAUUCAGUUUCAUCCCCUUGUUUGGAAUUAACCAAUAUGUUCCAGAGGGGUACUUAAAUAGCUGUAGCUUUGACUACUUAUCGGAGGACUUGGCCAGUCGACGUUUUGUGCUAGCUUACUGCUUCGCCGCCUGGUGUCUUCCUGUGUCAAUAAUCUGCUUCUGUUAUCUAGGAAUAGGUUUUGUAGUAAGAAAACAUCAGCUCUAUCUUCGCGAGCAGGCUCGCCGAAUGAAUGUCCAAAAUUUCGCUAGCAGUAAACAACGCAAAACUAGAGUUCAGCUUGCAAAGAUCACGUUUUGUUUGAUCUCUCUCUGGACACUCGCAUGGACACCGUAUGCUAUAGUAGCUCUCUUGGGUGUAUUCUCCCGAAAAGAUUUAUUGCUUCCUACAGUAUCAAUGGGACCUGCUCUUUUCUGUAAAUUCGCAUCUGUGAUAGACCCUUUUGUGUAUGGGUUAUCUCAUCCUCGUUUUAAGAAGGAACAAAAAAAAUUUCCAUGGCUCCCUAUAACCGUUCCUUCUUCCGACAGAGGUCCUACUGGCAGUCGCACCAGUACCUCAUCUAACUCUUUGAAAACCAACCUCUCCACAGAAGGGAAGUCAGCCGCUACAAGUGAGCUCCGAAGAUCACGUGUUGUUCAUCAGUCUUCACAAGACAUAUUUAGUGGUGAGGUAGAUCACAAGCCACUUGCUUCAGCACCACGUUCCAUACAGCCGACGAAUAAAGACACAGAAUUUGAAUCUGAUCUUGAAGUAUCUAACUCUCCUGUACGUAUUUUGUCCUCUAAUAGAAACCAAAGCAUCGAUCUCCCAGAGCAGGUACUCUUAUCGAAUGUUUACCAUAAGUCUGAAAACUCUUCUAAACAAGAGAACCAGGAAGAAUCUUACAUUGGAAAGUUUGAAAAUUCUUCUAAACAGGAGAACCAGGAAGAAUCUUACAUUGGAAAGUUUGAAAAUUCUUCUAAACAGGAGAACCAGGUAAAAUCUUGCAUUGGAAAGUUUGAAAAUUUUUCUAAACAGGAGAACCAGGAAAAAUCUUGCAUUGGAAAGUUUGAAAAUUCUUCUAAACAGGAGAACCAGGAAAAAUCUUACACUGAAAAAUUUGAAGAAUUUUCUAAACAGGAGAACCAGGAAGAAUCACAUAUUGGAAAGCCUGAAGAUUCUUCUAAAAUGGUGGAACAGGAAGAUUCUUAUACUGGAAAGUCUGAAAAAUCUUCUAGGUUUGUGGAACAAGAAGAUUCUUAUGCUGGAAAGUUUGAAAACUCUUCUGGGUUGGUUGAACAGGAAGAUUCUUAUACUGGAAAGUCUGAAAACUCUUCUAGGUUUGUGGAACAAGAAGAUUCUUAUGCUGGAAAGUCUGAAAACUCUUCUGGGUUGGUGGAACAGGAAGAUUCUUAUACUGAAAAGUCUCAAAACUCUUCUAGACUGGUGGAACAAGAAGAAUCUUAUACUUUAUUAUGUUCAAAACUUCCAGAUCACUACUCAAAAUGUUCUACGUCUAACAUCACGAACUAUAUUCCACGAGAAAGUGACAUGCAGAAAAUUAAGGUUUUUGUUAUUCCCCAGGUUAGCAAUGUCGUAAAUCAAAACGACCAGAUACAAAUACAUAUUAGAAGGUCAUUAUAAAAAAAUGAUAUUUAAGUAUUCUGAAAAUGAGUAAUACGUGGGGAAUUUUAUUUUUGUUCUGUUUCUCACUUUUGCGACUACGCUUCUUAAGACAGAUUUUAGAAGUAUGCAUGUAAGCUAACAAAAGUAGCUACAUGUAAAGUAGGUACAUGAGAUUUUUACUGGUAGAAAACUCAAAUUACAACUACAAAUUCACUAUGCCUCUUUCUUGUGUUGCUUUUAUAUUGUUUUGCAUUCUGAUUAUUAUGAAGCUGUUGUCAUUUGAGCUAUAAACUCAUAGUUGUUGUUGGUAACUAAAGUAAACAUUAGCGAUUUUUCAUAAUAAUUACUUUUAAAAGUUAUAUAACGUUGAAGGUUUUAUGGGUAGUCACUGACGUGGUAGUCUUUUUUUAAUAAAUGGGCUCAACGUGGAAUAGUUGAUAGCGUGUAGGACUGUUCAUCGAAGGACAUAGGGUUCGAGACAUAACGUCACUCAAAGACCUUCACGCCUUUAGCUGUGGGUGCGUUAUAAAAGUGACAGUCAGUUUUGUUACUCGGUUUAAAAAGCCGGACAAAGCACAGGGGGGGGUCUCCGACCUAGCCGUUAAGGUAGAUGCGCUUAAGGUACCUUUCAGGUUGAAAAUCCCAGUUCUACUAAGAUACAUUUUUCUUCUUUUUUAAUGGCUUCAUGUAAAGUUUAUUGUCUUUCACGUUUAUCCAGAAGAGUGAAUAGAUGGCGUUUCAAAUGAAGCAAAUGAGAGAUUCAUUUCGGUCCACGUUUUGAAUUAGUAAUAAACGAUUAAGCACUCGUAAAAUUAUGUUAAUUCAGAGAAAACAUACAAACUAGUAAAGAUAAAACAAUAGUAAUUCAUAUGUAUACUGUAAAAUAUGGACACAAGUUACAUUAUAAAGACGAAUUUACUUUGUUGUUUUAUUCGUAGCAAUUAUAAUCUAUCUUUGGUCAUAGAGCUUGAGUAAAUAAAAUAUUAUAUUUUACAAGCAACGUAUUCACUAGCGCUGUAGAACCGCUUCUGAGCUUCAUAUUCUGUUAAACUGUUUAGAGUUUUUAGGGCUAGAAGAUCAAUAGAGUAGGCUAAGAUUAAAAAAAAAUUACAACCUGAUACAAAGUGAAAUGUUAAACUCUUGAAAGCUGAGGUGUAUUAAAUUUUCAAUGUCUGUUAAAAUAGCAAUUUACAUUAACAUUCGCUAAAUA